GCUUCAGCUGAAGAGAGAGAGGAAUGAAGAGCCUUCUGCUUGGGCUUUUGCUCUUCACGACCCUUUCUGCUGCAUUUCCUGCAGACCGAGUGAUGGAAAAUGAAGAGAACAUGCAGCUGGCUCAGGCAUAUCUCAACCAGUUCUACUCUCUCGAAAUAGAAGGGAGCCAUCUUGUUCAAAGCAAGAACAGGAGUCUCAUCGACGGUAAGAUGCGGGAGAUGCAAGCCUUUUUUGGAUUGACAGUGACUGGAGAACUGGACCCGAAGACUCUUGAGACCAUGAAGACACCCAGGUGUGGGGUGCCUGACGUGAGUCAGUAUGGCUACACCCUCCCUGGGUGGAGAAAAUACAACCUCACGUACAGAAUAAUGAACUAUACUCCAGAUAUGGCACGAGUCGAUGUGGAUGAGGCUAUCCAGAAAGCUUUAGAAGUGUGGAGCAAAGUUACUCCGCUGAAAUUCACUAAGCGUUCCAAGGGGAUUGCAGACAUCAUGAUUGCCUUCAGGACUCGAGUCCACGGUUGGUGUCCUCGCUACUUUGAUGGCCCCUUGGGAGUUCUUGGCCAUGCCUUUCCUCCUGGUCCUGGUCUGGGGGGUGACACUCACUUCGACGAGGACGAAAACUGGACCAAGGAUACAGCAGGAUUCAAUUUGUUUCUUGUGGCUGCUCAUGAAUUUGGUCAUUCGCUGGGCCUCUCUCACUCCCAAGACCCAACAGCCCUGAUGUUUCCAAAUUACAUCUCCCUGGAUCCCAGCAAACACCCACUUUCUCGGGAUGAUAUCGAGGGAAUCCAAUCCAUCUACGGAGGGCUGCCCAAGACACCUGCCAAGCCCAAGAAACCUGCUCUACCCUACGCCUGUGACCCCGACUUGACUUUCGAUGCCAUCACCACUUUCCGCACAGAAGUAAUGUUCUUUAAAGGCAGUCACCUAUGGAGAAUCUACUAUGAUAUCACCGAUGUUGAGUUUGAACUAAUUGCUUCGUUCUGGCCUUCUCUGCCAGCUGGCCUUCAAGCUGCAUAUGAGAACCCCAAAGACAAGAUUCUGGUUUUCAAAGAUGAAAACUUCUGGAUGAUCAGAGGAUACGCCGUCUUGCCAGAUUAUCCCAAAUCCAUCCAUACACUUGGCUUUCCAAGACACGUGAAGAAAAUUGACGCAGCAGUCUGUGACCAAAAUACAAGAAAAACCUAUUUCUUUGUGGGCAUUUGGUGCUGGAGGUAUGACGAGAUGACCCAAACCAUGGACAAGGGGUAUCCUCAGAGGGUGGUAAGACACUUUCCAGGACUCAGCCUCCGUGUUGAUGCUGCUUUCCAGUACAAAGGAUUCUUCUAUUUCUUUCGUGGAUCGAGACAAUUUGAAUAUGAUAUUAAGGCAAAGAACAUUACCCGAAUUAUGAGAACCAAUACUUGGUUUCAAUGUAAAGAACCAUUAAACGCGUCAUUUGGUUUUGAUUUCAAUGAGGAUAAAGCACAUUCAGGAGGAGUAGAGAUACUGUAUCAUAAGAGUUUAAGCUUGUUUAUUUUCAGUAUUGUUUACUUGCUGAAAAACACUUAUAGUUAUCAAUAAAUUCAUAGAUCUAAAAUAAACCUCAAGAGGUCUUUUCAUCUAAACUCUGCUUCAAAGUAGAAUAGAACCAUUCUUU